CGUCCUUCUGAUUGAUUAUCUUUAUUUUUUUUUCACGUAGCUGUGAUUUUUUAAAACGCUGUUGAUAAAUUAGGCAACUUUGCUCCUUUUCGUUUCUGGGUUUUUGGUGGAUUACUGUGGGGAUCUUCGAAUUUGGAUUUCUGUGUUGGGUUUUGUUUGUUUCGAUCUGUUGUGUGGGGGAUCUUGAUAGUUACCCUAAUCAACGAAUGAUUCGUUAUUGUGCUUCAAGUCUGUCUUCUUUUCGGGCUUAAGUUCCCACAUCGACAGCUGAAGCUAUGAUUUGAGAUAUCAUGGGAAUUGUGCGAGUAAAAACUUGAAAUUUUGUUCCCGUGAUGCUUGUCGUAGGAAGUCAUGAUAGGGUUGUUUAAAGUGAAGGAGAAACAAAGAGAACAAGCUCAGAAUGCCAACCGAGGAGGAGGGGCUCCAGUCAAGAAACAAUCUGCUGGCGAGCUGCGCCUUCACAAAGAUAUAUCGGAGUUGAACCUGCCAAAGUCUUGUUCCAUAUCUUUUCCAAACGGCAAGGAUGAUUUGAUGCACUUUGAGGUCUCCAUUAAGCCCGAUGAAGGAUACUACCAAAACGGCACAUUUGUUUUCUCGUUCCAAGUCUCUCCCGUCUACCCACAUGAAGCUCCCAAAGUGAAAUGCAAGACCAAGGUCUACCAUCCCAAUAUCGAUCUGGAAGGAAACGUUUGCCUGAACAUAUUGCGUGAAGACUGGAAACCUGUUCUGAACAUAAACACCGUCAUCUAUGGUCUCUACCAUCUUUUCACGGAACCCAAUCACGAGGAUCCUCUGAACCACGACGCAGCAGCGGUCUUAAGGGAUAACCCGAAAUUGUUCGAGUCCAGUGUGAGGAGGGCGAUGGUGGGAGGGUAUGUCGGCCAAACCUUUUUCCCUCGCUGUAUCUCGUAAGUUCUUGCUCGGCUUCAAGCAGGACAACACUGUCACUGCUCCCAUUUGUAUUUCCUCCCACUGACAACACUGCUGUUUGCCUGUAAAAUUGCUUUCAAUUACGUUCUUGCUUAAACCCUGUUCCAGACCAAGCGGUUAUAUCGUGAGAAUCUACCAGAAAGGAGCUAUCUUUACGUUUCUAAAA